AUGAGGGCUCAAGACUGUGGCACAGGCUGCCAGUUCCAGAAGCGGUUGCUGCUUCAGGAUGCAGCUUUUUGCUCCCCUGUAACUCAGGUCAACUCUUUAGAUCUGUGUUUGAUGUCACAAGCCUUUUGGAAACCAGAUGUCUAUUUUCAAAUUGUAUCUUUGUUUCUUAGGAUCUUCACAAAGGACCAGAACACCGAGGAAGAGAAUACAGAGGACCAGUUUCUCUAUGACCUCCUUUUCAUGUUCUUCAAGAAAAAUAAGGUGGAGAUUGCAAGCGCAAUAACGAAGACUUUCCCAUUUUUUAUGGGCCUCCGAGACCGUGGCUUCCUCUCUGAGCAAAUGUAUGAGCAUUUUCUAGACACCUGUGCAAACCUGGUCCUAGUGGAAAGAGUGGUGUACAAUGUCCUUACUGAACUGGAGAAGACGUUUGACCUGCCGCUUCUGGAAGUCUUGUUCAGCAAGGUGAACAUGAAGGCCUAUCCUGAUUUAAUUGAGGUUUACCAAAGCUUCCAAAAUGGUAAUUACACUUCUCAAUUACCUUUGGGGAUUCAAGUCUGUUUCAUUCACUAAUGCAUUCAUUCAGCCUUCAGUAAGACCUGACAAGUAUUUAAUUGAGUGACCAUCACAUUCCAUGCACAAAGGGAAUGCAGGCAUGGCCUGUGCCCUCAUGGAACAGAGCGGGGGUGACUGGAGUUAACCAAGUCAUCCCACAGAGGAGUCCUCAGCCAAGACCUGUUUUUUGUGCUGAGGCGUUUUUCUUAGUAAAUUUUGAGAUCCUCAUUUUCAUUGUGUUUGACUUUAUGUUAGUUGAGUCGUUACGUUUUUCUUGGCUUUUAUCUUGAGUUAUAGAGUUGUUAUACCUUUUUGUGGUUACCUUAUUAUUUACCCCUAUUUUUCUAAGUAAAAACCUAACUUGUAUUGUUCUAUAUCGCCUUGUAUCACUCUCCAUAUGGCAGUUCAAUGCCCCCUGUAUUUAGUCCCUCUUUUUGAUUAUUGUGAUCUUUUACCUAUUGACUUCCAUGAUUCCCUGUUAUGUGUAUUUUUUUUUUAAUUAAUCUUAAUUUGUUUGUUUUGUGAUUUCCCUAUUUGAGUUGAUAUCUUGACGUUCUGUUUUGUGACCUUGUGUUGUGCUGAUAUCUGAUAUUAUUGGUUCUCUGACCAAACAAUAUCCUUUAGUAUUUCUUGUAGCUUUGGUUUGGUUUUUGUAAAUUCUCUAAACUUGUGUUUGUCUGUAAAUAUCUUAAUUUCGCCUUCAUAUUUCAGAGAGAGUUUUGCUGGAUAUAUGAUCCUUGGCUGGCAGUUUUUGUCCUUCAGUGUUCUGUAUAUGUCAUCCCAUUCCUUUCUUGCCUGCAUGGUUUCUGCUGAGUAGUCUGAACUUAUUCUUAUUGAUUCUCCCUUGAAGAAAACCUUUCUUUUCUCCCUGGCUGCUUUUAAAAUUUUCUGUUUAUCUUUGGUUUUGGUGAGUUUCAUGACAAUAUGUCUUGGUGUUUUCCUUUUUGGAUCAAUCUUUCAUGAUGUCAGGGAAGUUUUCUGUCAGGAGUUCUUCAACUAUUUUCUCUGUGUUUUCUGUCCCUCCUCCCUGUUCUGGGACUCCAAUCACCCGCAGGUUAUCCUUCUUGAUAGAGUCCCACAUAAUUCUUAGGGUUUCUUCAUUUUUUUAAAUUCUUUUAUCUGAUUUUUUUUCAGCUAUGUUGGUGUUGAUUCCCUGGUCCUCCAGAUGUCCCAGUCUGCAUUCUAAUUGCUCGAGUCUGCUCCUCUGACUUCCUAUUGCGUUGUCUAAUUCUGUAAUUUUAUUGUUAAUCUUUUGGAUUUCUGCGUGUUGUCUCUCUAUGGAUUCUUGCAACUUAUUAAUUUUUCCACUAUGUUCUUGAAUAAUUUUUUUGAGUUCUUCAACAGUUUUAUCGGUGUGUUCCUUGGCUUUUUCUGCAGUUU